UAUUAUUAUACUCUUUGAUAUAGGGAAAGAGAAUUUAAACAUAAACACUGCGUUCAGUAGUAUGUAGUACCUGGAAGUUUAUAAAUUCACUUGUAAACUGCAACAAUAAACUUAAAUAAUGUUGUUAGAAUGAUGAGCGGCGACCAUAGUAUGAAUAACGCCUUGGACGUCAAUGGUCCUGAUGAAUUAGUAUUGAUGGAUCCCGUUGACCACUGCCGAGCUCGAUACCCUUACUGUGUGGUGUGGACUCCUAUUCCUGUACUUACUUGGAUAUUUCCAUUUCUUGGACAUAUGGGCAUUUGCACGUCAAAUGGAGUAAUAAGAGAUUUUGCUGGGCCUUACUUUGUAUCUGAAGAUCUGAUGGCAUUUGGAAACCCUACAAAGUAUUGGCAACUGACACCCAAGAGAGUUUCCAAUGGACAGACUGGGUGGGAUGCAGCAGUUUCUGAAGCCUCUGAGAUUUAUAAAAAAAGAAUGCAUAUCAUAUUCUAUGAUAACUGCCAUUCUCAUGUUGCUACUGCAUUGAACAUUAUGAAUUACAAUGACUGUAAAAAUUGGAAUAUGGUUAAACUAGCUCUCUGGAUGAUUCUGUUCUCCAAAUAUGUCAGUUUCAGUGCCUGUGUGAGGACAUGGCUACCAUUCUUCAUACUUGUGGUUAUCAUAUCCACCUUGGCGUCAUAUCUUUGAACAUAUUGGUGAAUUGAAUAAAUAUCAAAUGAAUGACCUGCAUGACCUAUGUAUAAUAUAGAGAGAACAUUUUAAUAUAUGUAAAUAAUAUUGUAGUACCAUAAGGUGCACUCUUAUCAAAUAAAUGUUGUCUAAAGUA